AUGGCUGCAGCUGGGAAUGACCACGAUUUCUAUUUUUGCUCCCCCUACGCACAGCAAAAGUACAGCAACGUCUCCUGUUUCUGGGAAACACAACCCUUAGGUUGUGUGAGGAUCAGCUGUGCCUUCCAUCACAGCAAACCUCGUAAUAUAAAUGGACUUUUUUUGCCACCUAGUAACACAUCACUCAGAAGUCAAGAGAAUAUUUUACUACCAAUUCACCCUCCACUGAUUAUAAAACUCAGUGACGAAGAGGAUGGAGAUGAUGGCGAAGAAGACGAUGAAGAGGAUGAGAACUAUGUUUCUUGGGUGCCUAAGACUGAAGCAGAUAUUGAAGAGGAACAAGCAAUAAAGGAAAUAUGCUAUAAAUCUGGAGAGCAUUACAAGAUUGAGUACCCUCACGAACACCAAUCAAAGAGGCUGUCUUCUCCUGUUGAAAAUAAGCUAUUACCUUUGGAAGCUACCAAGCAAGACUUGCAGAAAGGUGAUGAUAAUACAAUUGUUACAACAUUUAAUAAUACAAAAAAAGAAGGAGAGCAUUCAGGAAAUAAAGUGCCAACAGAGAGUAUUCCCAGAACAGAUCGUAGGUCAUUUGAAAAUGGAGAAACAAACCACAUUGAGCUGGUAAAGGACCAUCACUAUAAAGAAGUAAAGAAGAAGAAACGGAUUUCUGAGGAACAAAGACAUUCACCCAAUAGAGUGACAGGCAAAGGAAUUCACACUUCAGACCCCAAAGUAAAAACAAGUUAUCAACAAAGGGGUCAAAGUAAGAAUGACAAAACUGCUCCUCCUUAUGUGAAAGAAACUGGAAGAAAGACUUACUUCAGUUCUUCAGAACCUCAAAGAUCAGCCUAUGUAGUCUACUGCACUGUCACCGUCACCCAAGAACCGAAGAUCAAUGGAUCUACAGACAAAUAUAAUUCAGGAUCUUAUAAUGCACCAACCUGGAGGAAAAGAAAUCCACAUGCAAACACGUUCUCUAAGUUUAAAGCAACCAUUCAG